AUGCUUUUAUUUCUCUGCCUUUAACUGCCCAAAAGAUUCUCCAGCUAGCUUUCUCAAAUCAUUUUCUUUCUUCGUUUCCUUCUUGCUUCUCUCUAUCAAGAAAAUUUUCUGGGCUCUUUUUUCUUAUUUUCUUGUUCUUGAAUAUUUAAACUAUACAAGGUAGACAAAUACAUAUAAUAAAUACAGUGUUACAUAGUCAUGGCGGUUGUGGUGGAAGAAGAAGUGGUGUUGAAUCAUGGAGGUGAAGAGCUUGUUGAUAUGCCACCUGGAUUCAGAUUUCAUCCAACAGACGAAGAGCUCAUAACAUGCUAUCUCAAAGAGAAGGUCUUAGACAGCCGUUUCACGGCUGUGGCCAUGGGAGAGGCCGAUCUUAACAAGUGCGAGCCCUGGGAUUUGCAAAAGAGGGCAAAGAUGGGGGACAAAGAGUUAUACUUCUUCUGUCAAAGGGACAGGAAGUACCCAACGGGGCUGAGGACGAACCGUGCAACCGAGUCCGGGUACUGGAAAGCGACCGGGAAGGACAAGGAGAUCUUCAAAGGCAAAGGUUGUCUCGUUGGGAUGAAGAAAACACUUGUGUUUUAUAGAGGAAGAGCUCCACGAGGUGAAAAGACUAAUUGGGUCAUGCAUGAGUAUCGUCUUGAAGGCAAAUAUUCUUACCACAAUCUCCCAAAGUCUGCAAGGGACGAGUGGGUCGUGUGUAGGGUUUUCCACAAGAACAAUCCUGCUACUACAACCCAACAAAUGACGAGAAUACCCCUUGAAGAUCUCACGAGAAUGGAUUCUCUAGAUAACAUUGACCAUCUCCUAGACUUCUCAUCUCUUCCACCUCUCAUGGAUCCGAGUUUCACGGGCCAACCUGAACAACACAACUUCAAAUCCACCAGCCCUCCAACCUACGACAUCCUCUCAUCACCAAUCCAACCUCGUCACUUCAACUCUAGUUACCAGUCAAUCUUUGACCACCAGGGUUUUGGUUCUGGUUCCGGUUCUUUAUAUAACAACAACAGCAACAAAGAGAUGAUCAAGAUGGAGCACUCGUUUGUUAGUGUAUCUCAAGAAACCUGCCUGAGCUCAGAUGUGAAUGCAGCCACGACCACGGAGGUAUCUUCGGUCCCGGCAAUGAAGCAAGAGAUGAGUAUGAUGGGAAUGAUGAAUGGUAGCAAGUCUUAUGACGAUCUAUGUGACUUAAGAGGGAUUUUAUGGGACUACUGACUAGAUUUAGUCUGGGAGAAUUAUAGUUAAUUAAUGAUUCAAUUGUGAUUAAAGAGUGUAUUCGUUGGGUUUUAAAUUAUGUAGUUAAUACAUUACAUAUAGGAUUUGCUAGGGGGUUAAUCCUAUGUAUUAUCUUCGCUUCAUUGAUCUUAUUUAGUUGAUUGUGUAAUUAGUUUAUAGUGUGGAGGAAAAAAAGAAAAAAAAAGGGUUGGGAUAUAUCAUUUGGGAUUUUUAGUGCUUAGGUAAUAUAUUCUCAGUGUACACUGUAAUAUACAUAUAAGUAAUUUUCCUAUA